AUGUCUGUUGCAGAGAAGGCGGCACAGCUUCGCGCUCUUGUUCGCAUGAUCUCCGAUUCAGCGGAAGCUGUAAUUCAGGAAUGGGAGGCUGAAGGUCGCACACCUCACGACGUUACUUCCGUACCUCGGCUUCCGUCAAGGGAAUUAUUUGAGGCUCGCCGACUCUUCGUUGGCGCGUGCGGUAUGGGAGUGGACCUUGUCCAUGAUCCUUUCACCCGCAUGACGGAAUUGGCUACAUCGUUCUUCAACUCGGUAUCGCUGCGCAUUGCUGCCGACACUCGAAUUGCUGACGUCCUCAGGGACGCGGAUCGAGAGAAAGGUAUAUCGAUCCAAGAGAUCAGUCGGCAAGUUCGUAUCGCGCCGGAAGAUCUGUCAAGGGUGCUUCGUACUCUGACGAGCCUGCACAUCUUCAAAGAGGUUAAGGAUGACUUCUAUGCCAACACGGAUACUAGCAGGCUUCUCGUCGACAACGAGCCAUUAAGAUGCUGGCUCCUAUCUCAGUCUACAGAAGUCUUCACUGCUUCUAAUAAGCUGCCCGAUAUUCUCUAUGGCUCACUUGACAAGCCGAGCUCUGAACGCAAAAGCGGGUUCCAGACAGCAUACGGGAACACGGGAAGCUUCUGGGAAUGGAUCGAAGAAACCGUAGUCAGAUCGGACGGCACACUUGGUCCGAGACCGGAACUGGACAUCUGGCUCAAUGGGAUGUGGAAAUUCGGGCUGGAGCACGUCCAAGCUCCAGCUGUAUGCUUCGAUUUUCCUUGGGAAGCGGUGGGCUCAAAGACGAUCGUUGAUGUAGGGGCUGGAGUUGGUGGGAUGAGUUUCGAACUAGCAACGAGGUAUCCCAAACUGCAAUUUAUUGUUGAAGACCGCCCUGUCAUCUUGCAGCAAGCCGAGGCAUUCUGGUCCUCAUCACUGCCUGACGCGGUGCAGAACAAUCGAGUAAGAUUCGUGCCUCACGACUUCUUCUCGGAACAGCCAAUUAAGGGCGCAGACAUGUACAUAUUGCGGCACAUCAUGCACGAUUGGGCGGACGAUGAAUGUGUUACCAUUCUCAAGAGCCUUCGCGGAGCCAUGGCGUCCGAGUCUCUGGUGCUCAUCGCGGAUAAUGUCAUGCAGACUACGGCGGGUUCGCCGCAUCUCAAGGCAGCACCCCCGCCACUACCUGCCAACUACGGUCUUGCUCAUUCAUUCGCUAACUUGCAUGAUCUCUUCAUGUUCGUCAUGUUCAAGGGCGGCGAGCGGACUGCCGGAGAGUUCGUGGCUCUCGCAGCGCGUGCUGGAUUGAAACUGACCAGGGUGUGGGAAUGUCGCGGUCUCACAUCGCUCACGGAGCUGAGACGAGACGACUAUGUUGCGUAG